UACUAUAUCAACAGUUACCACCUUCCACCGCCCUUUCACCCUUUUAAUAUUUCCACCACCACCUUCUUACAUCAUCGUACCCAACAACAAACCAAACCACUCACUACACUUCACUUCAACAUGAACAACCCCAAUGAUGAAAAUGAGAACUCUUCCAUGGAGUUGGGUUCCGAAGCACUUUUUUCACCUGACAUGAUGGAGUUUGAAGCACUUUCGACCAUGAUGAUGAUGGAGGACUCGCCACCAAUUAGAGAUUCUGGUGGUGGUGGUGGUGCUGUGCAAGUUCAACCAAUGGAGUGUUUGCUAGAGAACCCUGUUCCUCCCUUUCUGUCAAAAACUUUCGACCUUGUGAAUGACCCAUCACUGGAUCCGAUUAUAUCAUGGAGCUCCACCGGUGGGAGCUUCAUUGUGUGGGACCCUUUGGAGUUUGCAAGAAUCGUCUUGCCAAGGAAUUUCAAACACAACAAUUUCUCCAGUUUUGUUCGCCAGCUCAAUACUUAUGGAUUCCGCAAGAUUGACACUGACAAAUGGGAGUUUUUUAAUGAAGCUUUCCAGCGUGGGAAGAAGCACUUACUGAAGAACAUCCAAAGGCGAAGAUCACCUCAAUCCCAACAAGUUGGUAGCUACAUUGGAUCUUCCACUGAUGCAGGAAAGCCUGGAGUUGAGGUUGAGAUAGAAAGACUUAAGAAGGAGAGGAGUAUGUUAAUGCAAGAGGUGAUUGAUUUGCAGCAACAACAACGAAGAACGCUUCACCAAGCAGGAGAACUGAAUCAAAGGCUCCAAUCUGCAGAGAAGAGGGAGAAACAAAUGGUUUCUUUCUUGGCCAAGUUACUUCAAAACCCUGACUUUAUAGACCGCCUUAAGCAUAAGAAGGAACAAAGAGAUAUAGAUUCUCCAAGAGUGAUAAGGAAGUUUGUCAAGCACCACCCACAUGAAAAAGGAACAGAAGAAACUCUCAUGUCUUAUGAAACUCCAGAACUAAAUCCAGUUUCCAUUGAACAGUCUCCUCACUACCUUUCACAGGUUUUGGCUAGAGAAAUGAGUGUAGGUGCAGAAAAUCUGACUUCUCAAAUUGAGAAUAUGGUAUCAGAUGAAUUGGCUUCAGUGCAUGGGAUUAUGUCAAAUCCAGAAAUUAUUGGAGAAGGAUCAUCUAACUUGGGACUUGAAGAUCCCCAUUUCAAAGGGAAAAAUGUCUUGAUCCCAAAUCAAGAAACUGUUCCAGAGUAUUUUGUUUCCUUCCCAGAUGACUUAACCAAGGAGAAAGGCUCUCCAGAUUUUUCACCUCUUGGAACUGAAAGCUUUAUGAAGCAAGAAGAUAUAUGGGACCCCAACUUCAAUGUUAGUGGUGCUACUUCAAGCUGUGUGAAUGAGCUUUGGGGCAGUCCUAUCAAUUAUGAAAUGCCAGAAUUUGGAGUCUCAAGUGCUAUGUCAGACAUAUGGGAUAUGGGUAAGUGGCCAGCUGAUGAAUCUCCUUGAUGAAACAGAUAGUCAAACUGCUCAGCCAAAAGAUUAUAGACCUAAGAGUGUCCAUCCAUAGGGCUUCUUCAUCUGCAUAUGCACUUAUUCUCCUGGGGUAUUACUACUGUGUUUCUAGUUCCUAGGGGUUAUUGAAUAAUUUGAUUUACAGAUAGUAUUCAUUCA